UAGCAAUAAUCUGGUCCAUGGUGACAGUGACAGUUUUUUAUGUGCUUGUUAAUGUGGCCUACUACACCAUGAUAUCUCCUGCUGAGCUGCUGCUGUCUGAUGCCGUGGCUGUGACAUUUGCCAGCCGCACGCUCCACGGACUAGUUGCUGUGAUUCCCGUUCUCGUGGCUCUAUCCUGCCUUGGGACGCAUAAUGCUGGCUUCUUUGGAGUACCCAGGAUGCUGUUUGUAGGAGCCAGGGAGGGCCACUGGCCACCAAUCUUUUCCAUGAUUCACAUUCACAGACAUACACCUUUGCCUGCUGUGCUGUUACUAGCAGAUCAGAGGGCAUAA